AUGGACUGGUUAAAAGAUCAUGUACCUCUAUUAGCAAUCAAAGCAAGUGGAAGUCGAAAUAACAAAACAUUCAAACCAAAGAAGAACAUUCCAGAAGGCACACACCAAUAUGACUUGAUGAAACAUGCAGCCGCUACAUUAGGAAGCGGCAAUUUGCGUAUGGCUGUGCUUUUACCAGAGGGUGAAGACCUCAAUGAAUGGGUGGCUGUUAACACUGUUGAUUUCUUCAACCAAAUCAAUAUGCUGUAUGGAACAAUAACUGAGUUCUGUACAGAGGAGAGCUGUGCAGUGAUGUCAGCUGGCCCCAAAUAUGAAUACCAUUGGGCUGAUGGACAAACAGUAAAAAAGCCAAUCAAAUGUUCAGCACCCAAAUAUAUAGAUUAUUUGAUGACUUGGGUACAAGAUCAAUUAGACGAUGAAACUUUAUUCCCAUCUAAAAUAGGUGUGCCAUUCCCUAAGAAUUUUUUAUCAAUAGCAAAAACUAUACUGAAACGUUUGUUCCGUGUUUAUGCACAUAUUUACCACCAACAUUUUCGGGAAGUUGUACAACUCAGUGAGGAGGCCCACCUAAACACAUCAUUCAAGCACUUCAUAUUCUUUGUCCAAGAGUUCAACUUAAUUGAUCGACGUGAGCUUGCACCUCUCCAAGAACUUAUAGAUAAACUAACCAGCAAGGAGAGAUAA